UGUAAAGUGGUCGGCUAACUAGUUUCAAUAUUCAAUUGAUGAAGUAUACCUUUAAAUAUAUUUUGAAGACGAGAAUAUUCUGAUCGACAUAAGAUGAAAGUCUUAUUGAUUCAUUUUGCUGUGUUGAUUUUUGUCAACUAUUGUGAGCCAUUCAAGACAAAGUUCGACGUCCUUAUUAAUGAAAGAGGUACCCAAUUCGUGGAAAAAAUUCAAAUAAGUUUGAAAAAAAACAGGAUAAUUUUCGUCGUUCCCCAACAUAAUGAUAUAUCAGCUUCAGUUGUUCUUCACGAUUUUAAUCUGAAUUUGACGAUAACUCGCAUUCCUAAAGAAGGCAUUUGUCAUUUCAAGCCUCUUGAGGAAGGUUUGCCUUCCCCCAAGGAAAUGAUGUACGAAAUGAAUUACUUGAAUAACAAACAUCCUCGGAUUAGAGCAAAUACAACAUUGGUUAAAUCAACUCAAUAUGGGUUGGAUAAGCGCAUCAGUCGAAAAAAUGUACACCCAUCGAUAGCAAAAUUUUGCUCCGGACUUGCAAUUUACAGUUUGAAGAAAAUUGUGAAAGAUGACUUUCAUAUAUUGGGUGGUAACGAAACCUCCACUGGACAAAAGAGACAAACUUUCAGUGCUUCACUUUGUCCCGGCUACAAGCGUCUUGAUUGCAAUCCAAACACCUGGAUACUCAACUGCAAAUUCGUACUUCAAGGAACUUGUAUCUAUUGGGUAAAAUGCAAAGUGCCUUUUCACGUAAUCAACAAUAAUUGGGAUCAUUGUCAGUUUACUCACAACUGGAGUGCAAUUGUGUGCUGCACAGCACAAUGCCCACCUGGAAAGUAAAUCUUUUUUAAGUUUCCUGUUUCACGUUGCUUAAAACGUAGAAAUUACUUUGUUAGCUUAGAAAACAUAAAUGUAAGUGACUUUUCAGUACGAGUAGUAUGAAUUUACUGUGUUAUUUUAGAUUGAUUAGGCAAAUAUGGUAUGAAAAUACUCUGCUAAAAACA